AAUGUGAAACAUGAUGAUAUGAUGAUUUUCCCUUAUUUUUCCACGCCAAAUUAGCCUAUAAAACCGCUCUCAAUAUUCCCAUAAUGAGGCACUUGGUGAGACUGAGACUGCUCUUUCAGAGACACUGACAAAUACCUAAAAAGAGCAGAUUUCCGAACACCAAAAUGGCUCGGCUAAGUGAUCUCUUCAACUUGAAUCUAUCUGAUGUUACCAAGAAAACCAUUGUUGAGUACAUAUGGGUUGGUGGAUCUGGGAGGGAUCUGAGGAGCAAAGCCAGAACCCUCCCUGGACCUGUCACUGAUCCUUCAAAGCUUCCAAAGUGGAACUUUGAUGGUAGCAGCACAGAACAAGCACCUGGUGAAGACAGUGAAGUCAUUCUCUACCCACAGGCAAUUUUCCGUGAUCCAUUCAGGAGGGGAAACCACAUUCUUGCCAUGUGUGAUUGUUACACACCAACUGGAGAUCCUAUCCCCACAAACAAGAGACAUGCUGCAGCUAAGAUCUUUAGCCAUCCGGACGUCGUCGCCGAGGGGCCCUGGUUCGGGAUAGAACAGGAAUACACCUUGUUGCAGAAGGAUGUUAGCUGGCCUUUGGGCUGGCCUGUCGGCGGAUUCCCCGGUCCUCAGGGUCCGUACUACUGUGGCGUCGGCGCUGACAAGGCCUUCGGCCGGGACAUAGUUGACGCUCACUAUAAAGCUUGUCUCUACGCCGGAAUAAACAUCAGCGGCGUUAAUGGCGAAGUCAUGCCUGGCCAGUGGGAAUUCCAGGUCGGGCCGGCUGUGGGAAUCUCGGCCGGAGAUCAGCUAUGGGUAGCGCGGUACAUUCUAGAGAGGAUCACAGAGGUUGCCGGCGCAGUCCUCUCUUUCGACCCAAAGCCAAUUCCGGGCGAUUGGAACGGCGCCGGGGCGCAUUCAAACUACAGCACGAAGUCGAUGAGAGAAGAAGGCGGCUACGAUGUGAUAAAAAAGGCAAUUGAGAAGCUGCGAUUGAGGCACAAAGAUCACAUUGCUGCAUACGGAGAAGGCAAUGAACGACGCCUCACCGGGAAGCAUGAGACAGCCGACAUCAACACGUUUUCAUGGGGCGUGGCAAAUCGGGGAGCGUCGAUCAGAGUGGGGCGGGACACGGAGAAGGCCGGAAAAGGGUAUUUUGAAGACAGGAGGCCGGCUUCUAACAUGGAUCCGUAUGUUGUGACUUCCAUGAUCGCUGAGACAACCUUACUCUGGAAACCUUAAAAAAGACCGUAUCAGUAUGCAUUUGGCAUGGUUUUCUUACGACUACUGAAUUAAUCUGGUUUAGUUGUUUUUUUGGGAUUGUUUUCUUGUCUUGACUUCAUGUUAUUAUUGAUUCAUCAUGGAUCUGUUUAAUUCUCUUUUUCCAGUUAAGGUUUUGGUUAAAUA